AUGAACGUAUUGCUGUCCCCGCAGCCGCCCUUCUUCCCUCACCAACAACAACCCAACCGACGAUCUCCCACCCGCUCAAUGUCUCCGUUCCACAGCACCAGUUCUACCAGCCGAAAGCGAAAAGCCGACGAUGACGGCGACGAGAUGGCCAUGUCGCCUAUGAGCUCCCCUGCCGUCCAGUCCCGCCAGCUCGCCCCUCGACCAGCCAAGAAGAUCAGAUCGAACGACCUUGCCGGCCGGCCUCUGACUCUCCCCCGUCUACUCGAGACUCUUGACGCCACACAACUGCGAGCCGUUUUGCAGACCAUCUGCGAACGACAGCCGGAAAUCGGAGAAGAGGUCGUCAAGAGCGCCCCGAGACCGACCGUCGAGUGCGCAUUACAGGUCUUGACCGAAUACCAGGACAAACUGCGACAAGCAUUCCCGUACGGCGGUUCCAACUCCGACUACACAUACUUCCGGGUGAAGCAACCUCUGCUCGCUCUCAUCGAUGCUCUCGCCGAUUUCACCCCUCAGUAUCUUCCGCCGAAUGAGACGCAGGCUACCAUCUCGCUGCAGUACCUCGACGGCGCCACGAAGUUCGUCCACGAGUUACCCGAGUGGGAGAGCCACAGCCAUCGUUCCCACAAGGAGAACGCUUACGACGAGAUAUCGAAAGCUUGGGCCCUGGUCGUCAAUGAGGCCGCGAAGAAGGGAGCCGGUUUCGUGCUGCACUCGGGUGGUUGGGACCAGACCUUAGCGAAGCACAACCAACAAUCGGGUGGACGACUGGAGGCCGCCAUCACCGCCAUGGCCAAUCACGUCGGAUGGGUUGGUGGCGGCGGAUCGAACGGUGGAGCACCAAGUACGCUUGCAAACCAACAGGGAUCCAUCCUGGACCAGCUGAUGGCUGGCAAUUACGGCUCUCCUGUGCGAGUUGGGCCGUGGUAG